GCCCGCGUCGCGCAGCGUUCGACGACGACCCCAAAAAUUCCACAUCGCUCGAUUUUGGGGGAAGUGGGUGUUAUUGGCUGGAUUGAUCGCAACACGACCUGCGAAUUGAAGCCGGUCAGGCCCUGGAAGACCGCGGUGUCCUCGGCGGGAAUCGAGAACCGGCCCAUUCACCACCGAAUCUCCUCCAUCCUGCCUGAGCCGACCACUCAACCUCGAUUGGGCUUGCGCAGGGGGCGUCUCCGUCGCAACACCUCCGUCCUCUCUAGCCGCCAUGGUCCGCGGCCGUGAUUUGCGGGCGGUCAACGUCGCCAAGGCAGUGAGGCAGUCCUUGAGCGCCUUCCGCGGCAACGAAAGGGGGAGGCCGGCCACGCCAAAAUGGCUCAAGGCCAUCGAGAGCAUCCCCCCCUCGGAGCUCCUGACACGGCCCGUUCCAGUCCAGCACCAAAAAGUUGCCUCCAAGUCGAGGAGCCCCAAGAACAUCUUCAAGCCACAGAAUAUUGUGUACCCGGAGGAUAAGCUACGGCAAGAGUUCUACAGGGACCAUCCGUGGGAGCUGGCCCGGCCGAGGGUCAUCCUCGAGGUCGACGGCAAAGACUCGUGGUACUGCGACUGGAGCAAGGGUAUUGCGCAGCGAGGCAUCCCACUGACGGGCGAAAGCGUCGUCCAGAGGCAGAUGUGGUUGAUGAACAACGAGCACUUGAGCCGGGAGCGGGUGGAUCCCUCUGAUUCAGAGAGUCCCAAAGAACUGGUCAUGAUGGGGCCCCUGAGUAAAAAUGCAGCCUAUGAUAAGGCACGACGCGAGUUCUACGAGCUGAGGCAGGAAGAGGAGAUCGAGCGAAGGAUAGCCCGUGAGGAGGCCAUGAUGGUGGGUGCCUACUUUGGCAAGAACGCCCUGCAAGUGGGCGCCGACCUUGAGGACCACGAGUACGAGAGGUGGAAGGCAUGGGCCGCAAAACGGCACAAGGCCGGAGAAGCCGCCCGCGCCGCUGCGUACACCUCGUAUGGUUCUACAACCACAGAGGAGGUUGACGCCGCUGAUAUUGAAGUCGCCAUUGACGAAACAGCCACACCAGCAUAAACGCGCCCUGACUGGUUUAGCUAGACAAAGCAGUCGAGCCGCCGCCGUGUACACUAUACAUGUGGCAGAACUGAAUGGACUGUAUAUUGCCAUGCUUAGCUGUGUCUCGAAGAAAGAAAGAUUCCACCCCAAGUUGCUUCACUCUCCCCGGCGCUAUGAAGGCUGACACUCUAAUCAGGAGCCCCCAGACCUCGCAUACACGGGCGGCUUGAACAGCUGCAGACAGG